UUUUUCAUGUAAACAAACGAACCUUCCUAAACACACUACGCAAGCCGCACGUUCUUGCAUGGUAUUGGAGCAAGAGUAGUUUAUGUACUAACUGCAGUUUUAUAUUAUAAUAGCAACUGUAAUACUAAAUGCCAUGGAUGAAAACGUAGAAGACAACGGUGUGCAGGAUGAUUAUAUGGACUCGGACGAAGAUAAUGAAGUGUCAGCAAGUAAAGAAUUGCCUGCAGUAGCAAAAUUUGAAGUACCAUUCAACAGUAGUCGAGAAGCAGAAAUAGCAAGGAAUUCUUUGCAGGUUGACCCGGAGCCUAGAAGAGGAGGGUCAAAGAAAACCUUUGCCCUUAAGGAUAAUAUUCUAUGUGUAGAAAUUCGAUCUGUUGAUGUCCGGCAGCUCAGAUCAGCUGUGUGUUCAUUUAUGGAUCUUCUGAACUUAGUGACAAAAACAAUUGACCAGUUUGGACCUCCAGUACAGCAGUCAAAGAAAAUUGAUUGAAUAAGAGUGAAAGAACUAUUCUGGAUUUUGUCUGAAUGGUAUUCAUAGCAAGAUUUGGAUAGUGCAUAUAGAUAACUAUCUAAAAAGCCUGAGAAAAGGAGAGAAAAAGACAAAUAUAUUUUGGACAUUAUCAGGACCUGAGCCUGGUCCAUCCCUUUAGGAGAAUAUCCAGCACAUAUCAGGAAGAAACGGAGGAACAUGGGUGAGCACACUCCAGCACCAUCUCCAGGCCGCUCCUAUUAUGGCUUUGUCUUGUACCUCCUGGGCUGGGCUGGUAUUAUUAGC